CAACCAGGCUGUUUUGAGGGCACUUAGUCGCCGGUUACUCGUUCAACAUGGGGAGCACCAGUAGCCUUCAUCCUUUCCAUCUCGGAGGACUUGGUGGCCAACUAAGCCAACAUCAGACCAAUGGUCUGUCUCUCCUUGGUACUUUUGAUUCACCAGUACUGCCAUCAUUCCUCACGGACAACCCUACUCCAAAUGGAUACCCUUGGAGCACCCUGAAUCCCUCUACUAACUACUAUAAUGAUUAUCCAAACACUGGUGUCAUUAGGAGAUAUGAUUUUAGUAUCAGCCGUGGCACAAUCGCGCCAGAUGGUUAUGAACUCGGGGUUAUUCUUGUCAACGGACAAUUCCCCGGUCCUACUAUCGAGGCCAACUGGGGUGAUACCAUUCAGGUCACCGUCAGUAAUGAUAUUGAAAAUGAAGGCCUUGCUAUUCACUGGCAUGGGUUCCAGCAAAAGACUACACCUUGGGAGGAUGGUGUCCCUGGUAUAACCCAAUGCCCUAUCCCGCCCGGAAAAAAGUUCACCUACCAAUUUGUAGCUGAAUUAUAUGGCACUACUUGGUAUCACUCUCACUACUCUGCUCAAUACUCUGCUGGUCUCUUCGGUCCAAUUGUCAUUUAUGGUCCUCGCGAGAAAAAGAAUUACGACAUCGAUAUUGGCCCUAUAUUACUAAACGAUUGGUAUCACCAAGAGUAUUUUGAUCUUGUGGAAGCAGUUAUGAAGCCUGGUAGCCCCGGAUUUGUCUUCUCCGAUAGCAAUCUCAUUAACGGCAAGAUGAACUUUAAUUGCUCGAGUGUGUCUCCAGGAGACAAUACUCCCUGUACCAGUAAUGCUGGUGUCUCUAAGUUCCAUUUUAAGCGUGGCAAGACCUAUCGGCUGCGCCUUAUUAAUGCUGGCGCAGAAGGACUUCAGCGAUUUUCAAUCGACGGCCAUUCAAUGACGGUUAUUGCCAACGACUUUGUCCCAGUGGAGCCCUAUGAGACCAAAGUCGUUACUCUCGGCAUCGGCCAGCGAUCGGAUAUUCUCGUUAAAGCAAAGGGCGACCUCGACUCUUAUUGGAUGCGCAGCAAUAUCUCCAGCAAGUGCAGUCUUUCGCGUGCACCAGAUGCCCUUGCUGCGAUAUACUACGACCAUGCCGACCAGAAUAAGGAGCCUGAGUCUGAGCCUUGGGAUAUCCCUGACCCGGGGACGUGUGCCAACGACGAUUUAUCGUUGACAAAACCGAUAAUGAAACUAUCACUACCGUACGCAGAUCUAACUAUGGACUUGGAAGUUAACUCGUUCAAGAACGAGAGCGAUGUGACAUUAUGGUCAUUAGGCAACGUCAGCUUCAGGGCUAACUACAACAGCCCGACGCUGCUACUAAGCAAGUUAGGAAACCACUCAUUCGAAGAGCAAUGGAAUGUGAGAAAUACGGGCAAGGCAAAGAGCGUCAGGAUUAAUGUCAUCAACAACACACCAGUAGCACACCCCAUGCAUCUCCACGGCUUCAACAUGUACGUCCUCCACGAAGGACCAGGCACCUGGGACGGUACCAUCAUCAACAGGAACAACCCCGAACGGCGCGAUGUCGUUAUGAUCCGCGGUAACGGGCACCUCGUAGUUCAAUUUGACGCAGCCAAGAAUCCAGGUGUAUGGCCGUUCCACUGCCACAUCGCGUGGCACGUUUCUGCCGGGCUCCUGACCCAGUUUCUUACGAAUCCGGAUAAGGUUGAGCGCCUACGUAUUCCCAACAUUGUGGCUGAGACAUGCCGUCAAUGGGGACGUUGGACAUCGACGAAUAUUCCGGCGCAGAUCGAUAGUGGAUUAUGAAUGGUUGUCUGUUCUGUGGGGUGGCGGUACAAUGAAGUUUGGUGAUAGUACUAGCUUGAUGUCCGGUAUGGCUUUAGGAGAAAUCAAAAUGCUGUCCUGUAUGUGAGCUUGAAAUGAUCUCACUCACACUUUGCGGUAUAACUGUAGUUAGGUUGUGAUUUUAUUAAACGUG